AUGGUGUGGCAGUGCCCUGACUGCACCCUCCUGAACGACCAAGCGCCCGCCUGCUGCGACCUGUGCGGGCACCCCGCGCCGGCCGCCCUGCAGACGCCCGGCACCGGCGCGGCGCGGCAGCAGCAGCAGGCCGGCGGCGCAGCAGUGGAAGUGGUCAACCUCGUCUCAGAGGACAAGGAGGCGGAGCAGGGCGGCAGCAUGGGGAGCGGUGGCAGCAAGGCCGCGGCAGGCGGACAGGCAGAGGCGGGUGCCGGCCUGUCAAAGGGCGCAGGUGCAGCAGCGGGUGUGGCGGGUUGGGAGGAUGACUGGGAUGAAGACUUCCAGAUCCAGCUCAGCGAGUCCCGCUCCCAGCCCAGCAGCCACCGGCAGUGGCAGCAGCUGGGCGGCAGCGGCGGCGCCGCCGCCAGCCCCCCGCACGCUGCACAGCCGGCUGCCGAGCAGCGGGUCCAGGGCGGGGCGGCGGGGCAGGCUGCCGGCCGCCCAGCGCCCAAGGCCCAGCGCCCGCUAGGGCUCGGCAAGAAGCAGGCAGCCACGGCGGGCGAGGAGCGGCGGCGCAAGGAGCGGGGGAUGGCGCAGCUGCACCACACGGCGGAUGAGCAGGGCAGCGGAUCCUCUGCGGAAACCGCCGUCACCGCGCAGGUGCUGCCAGGCGGCAAGCAGGAGCCCGCGCGCCAGCAGGUGCAGCAGCAGCGGUCGGCCCGCGAGGAGCCAGCAGCCAGCAUCACCAGCGGCAGCCCGGCACCGAUGCCGUCCCGGGAUGCGGCGGGCGGCAGGGGCAGCGUGCAGCCGCCGCCGCAGCGCCCUCAGCUGGGCAAGCGGCCACUGGAAGGCAGCUCAGAGCAUGGGCAGCAGCAGGCAGCACAGGUGGCUCUGCCGCCGCAGCGGCUGCCAUUGGCGGUGCCCAAGGGCUUGCAGCUGCCACCCCAGCCCAGCAAGCUGCUGGGCAAGCUGCCGCGCGACCAGCCGCAGCACCCGUCCACGCAGGUCAAGGCGCAGCAGCAGGCGGCACAGCUGGCGGGCGCCCGCCAGGCAUCGCCCGCGCUUGCCGCAAGGGCGCAGCAGGCCGCCACCCCGUCGCCAGCAGCAGGCCUGCAGCGGGCGGCCGCCACGUCAGCGGCUGGGCAGGUGCGGCAGCCGUCGCCGAUGGCGGCGGGUGCAGGCGCUCAGCCCAUCCCGCUGCGCCUUCCCAAGCAGGCCUCGCUGCGGCUGCCGCCGCGCCGCACCUCGUCAGGACACACCAAGCUCAGCCCUCAGUCGGCGUCCGCCAGCCCGCCGUCCGAUGCGGCAGCGCCCCACGCCGCCACCCCGCUGGUCCACAGCCAGCCUGGCGCGGCCGCAGGGGCGCCUGCUGCGCCAGCAGAGGCUCGCAGCGGUCGCAAGAAGGCGCCAAUCCCCGCGCCACCACGCCAGCCGCCCGCAGGCCUGCCGCCGCUGCCGCCAGUCAGGGAGCGCAGGCUUUCGGCUCCGGCGCAGCAGCAGCAGCAGCAGGGCGCUGGAGGUGCGGCAGGCGAGCAGGAGGAGGCUGAGGCACCGGUGCAGCCGCAACCGGAGGCGCGGGAGCAGCUGCCGCCUGAGAGGAGCGCCGGGCCGGAUGCCUGGCAGCACGGGCUGGCUGCUUUCUACGCGCAGGGGCACCCCUCCCAGCCUGCUCCGCAGCAGCAGCAGCAGCAGCAGCAGGCGGCUGCCGCGGCGCCAGCCUGGGUGCGGCGCGCCAAGCAGUUGGCCUGCGACGUCACGUCGGCCCUGCUGGCCGCUGCCAGCAAGUGCCAGGCAGUCGAGGCCGCUCCCGUGGCGGGCCAGAGGCCCAGCCGGGGGGCGCAGCAGGCUAUGCAAGGGUGGCUGGCGUACCGAGUGGCGGCGCGCCUGCCUCAGGCUGCCGCCUGCCGCACCGCCGCAGACGUGCUGCGGCUCGCGGCGGCGGCCGCGGCGGCCGCGCCGCCCCCUCUGCCGGGCGCGGCGCUCACGCCCGCUCCAGGCAGCCAGGCUGACGGGCAGGCGGGUGAGGCGCAGCAGGCGGCGGGGCCCGAGGGCCCGCCGCCGCCGCCGCUCAUGGACUUGGGCCAGGCGGCGGCGCGGCUACUGGCAGCUUCCCGUCACCAGGCCCACGCCCUGUCGCUGGGCGAGCGCACCAAGCGCUUCUUCGGCCAGCGGGCCUCGGCAGUCAGGGCGGAGAUCAGGCACCGGCUGGCAGCAGAGCUCGGCGAGCCAGGCGGCGGCGCCAGCGCGAGCGUGAGCAGCCGGCGCGCGGCGCGCGCGGGCAAGCGCGCUGCCGCCGCCGCCGCGCUCCCGCCCAAGCCCAGCAGGCUGAGCCAGGCCGGUGCCGGCGCGCCGCGCACGGUGUCCAUCGAAGCGCUUCACGGCGCGGGCGCCGCAGGCCGGCACGCUGCCGUCGCCUCCAUCUAUCGGGGCGUGCGGGCUGUGCCCAAGCCGAGCGGCGGGAUCAAGUAUGAGGCCAGUGCGUGUGUGGUGGGCAAGCAGCUGUGGCUGGGCACCUACCCAACGCUGGAGUCGGGCGCCCAUGCCGUGGACCUCGACAACCGCCUGCUGCGGGAGCUGCGCGGCCUGGGCGACCUGGAUGGACUGAAGCGGUACAUCAAGCGCGUGUGCGGCGCGGGGCGCGGCCGCCGAACGCGCGGCUGA